AUGGGUUCUACAGAGAACACGAUCAAAGUGCUGCUACUGGGUGCAAGUGAAUCUGGAAAAAGUACCAUCAUGAAACAGAUGAAGAUCCUGUACCGUGGUGGUUACAGUAAGGAGGAACAGUUGGAGUUUAAGGCGGUGAUUUAUGGAAACAUUCUGCAGUCUGCACUCGCCAUCGUCAAUGGCAUGGAGAAACUCCAGAUUCAAUAUGAAACACCAGGAGCAACUGAGGAUGGUAAGAAGCUUGUAAAGUUGGCAGACUCUGUGGAGGAGGGUACGAUGCCGGCUGAAUUAGUCGACAUCCUAAAUCAUCUGUGGAGAGAUGGUGGAGUUCAGAUUGCCAUCGAGAGAUCUGCUGAGUACCAGCUUAAUGACUCUGCUGUGCGUUAUUUAGCAUAUUUGGAGAGGAUCUGUGCUGCUAAUUACAUUCCUGAUGAUCUAGAUGUUCUUCAUGCUCGCAUUAUAACCACUGACAUAGUGGAAGAACAGUUCACCUUUAAGGAUCUCAAUUUCAGGAUGUUUGAUGCGGGUGGUCACCGCUCAGAGAGGAAGAACUGGAUUAAAUGUUUUGAGGACGUGACCUGCAUCAUCUUCUGUGCUGCACUCAAUGCUUAUGAUAUGGCUCUGGUGGAGGAUGAGGAGGUGAAUCGGCUACACGAGAGUCUCUACCUGUUUAACAGCAUCUGUAACCACAAAUUCUUCAACAGCACCUCCAUCGUCCUCUUCCUCAACAAGACUGACCUGUUCCAGGAUAAAAUCGCCAAGGUGCCGCUCACCGCCUGCUUUCCAAACUACAAAGGUGCUAACACGUUUGAGGAAGGCAGCACCUACAUCCGACAACAGUUUGAGGAUCUGAACACCAGUAAAGGAUCGAAGCCCAUUUAUACCCAUCUGACCUGUGCCGUCGACACUCUCAACAUCCAGAACACCUUCGACUCUGUCACCGAUGUCAUCAUCCAAAACCUGAAGCAGUGUGGACAGCUCUGAUUAAAUAGAUUCCAUGGUGGAGUGAUGUGUGUU